UGUUUGGUUAAUUCGCAAAACUUGCAUUUCGUACGCCAACAUCGCCAGGCGAUAGCUUACAGCCGACAAUCGACAGCAGCAGCAACAGCAGCAACUCAACGGCGCGCUGGAGUUCUGUCUUCUUGUGCCAGCAGUGCGGGCAGUUCACGGCACAGACAAGUUUGCUCAGUCAACUGUCUAGUCAGAGGCCAGAGUCAGUGUCAGUUUGGCAACGCUCGUAAUAGGACGUGUGUUCUUGGUGUUAACUGUGUGUGCGGCGGCAUAUGGUCGGGCAACAUCGUGCUCGAAGACAAGCGUUGACUUUUGUGAUUUCGGUAAACAGAGAUUUAUGCAUUUGAUAAAUUACAAGUUUUUGUCGUGAAUUCGUGGUUGUUGCUUGCUGGCAAAUAAAGUGAGAAGAAACUGAAAAAUAAAUUUUAUGCUACUUUUGUAUGGUAUUUGCCAUUGAAUAUAAUUACAAGCGGCAAAGUGCUGUUGCAAGUCAGCAGCAGCGUCAGUGGUGGCGGUGGCGAGCGUGUUGUAAAGUGUGUGCGCUUGCUAGUUGUUGGCUAGCGUGUAACAACAUUUGAAAAUACAUUGAAACCGGUUUGUUUGCCUUUUGGUAUUUUUCGAUUGUGUGUGUGUGUGUUUGGUGUUGUUUUUUUGUUUUUGCGGCUCAAAGCAGCGCAAGCAGCACACGGUGUGCUGUUUGAACGGUUUUGUGGAAAUUUCGUUGACUACACACGCGUGUGUGUGUGUGUGCGCAGACCAAAAGAAUGCAGUCAUGAAAAAGCAAGCACAACAACAAUAAGUGCACAAGAAACAAUUGCUGAAAAAAUUCCAAUGUACAACAACAUGCCACAAAGGCUGUUUAUAUCAAAUUUCAUGCUUAAAAAAUUGUAGUGGUGCUAUAAAAAACGCAAAAAUAAUAUAUGUAUAAAAUUAUAUAAAAGUUAAAAAAAAAUAAUAAUAAAAUAUAUAUGAAAUUAAAUAGUAUAUAAAAGCGUUAUUGUUAAUAAAAACUAAAUCAAAAUAAUUUUCUAAUAAAAAAAUCAACACUUUAAUGUUUGUAUUCGCACCUACUUAAGUCAAAAGCUAUUUGCCGUAAAAAUAAUAUAUAAAAAAAAUAAACAAAUUAAUAAACGAAAUACAUAUUGAAAGAAAUGAAGUAUAAUAAUUGAAAUAAAUAAAUUUAAAAAAUACUGUAAGCCAAGUAUUCCCAAAGUGUUUGGUAUUUAACGCCGCUAUUUAAUGUUGCAAAUAUUUGUGCAUGUGUUUGUUGUUGUAUGUAAAUAUUUGUGGCAAGGCGCGCAUUACAUGGCUUAACAUAGCCAAUAAAGCAGCAGCAGUUCAGUUCACAGGCACAGUGUGUUAAACUGAAGUUAAAAUGGCGCUAUAACAUUGACUGCAGUAUAAACGCCGUGAAACCUUGUGGUUUUUCGACAAUUAACGUAUUUGAAUAAAUUAAUAUAUCAAUGGAUUUGCGCAAAUAAAUCCCCAUAGUAUACCAUACAAAGAAAUAGAUCUACAUAGCGUACCAUUUACAGCAAUAAAUGUCCGCACUAAACAGCGCUGUAUCGCAAUUUAUCACAGUCGAACUAAUAAUUUAUACUACAGCUUUGCCUAAUGCUGUGAAGUGUACAAAUUGAAUAUAGCCAGUAAAUAAAUUCAAUAGCGUGCUGAGCAGCUGAAACGCCACACUUGACAGCGCACACAAGCAGUAGGCGAGCAGACGGCAUAGCAGCGGCGCUUUGGUUGUGGUGACGCAGAAUAAUUGAGGCGAAGCCACGCAAAUAAUCCUAACAGCCAGCGAGGCAAGUGAGCACCGCAAGGAAGUGAACUAAGUAGCGUAGACAAGACGGCCACUACAAGAAACGCACGCGCCAGCCAAAAAGCAACUACAACAACACCUACAAGCGUAUAUAGCGCACAGUGGCAGCGCUCAAUCACGGAAGUAGCAAACGCGCGCGAGGCGCAAACACGCUAUUUCUACUUCCGACGUCGGCUUCGUCUCAGUGUAACGGUUUGCGGUCCUGUUGCGCCGCGCAAGCUAGCGAACUUUAAGGAAAAGGCGAAACGAAAAACUUUUGCAAUAUAACAACAACAACAACAAGGCGUUGCGCCACAGGCGGCAACACACAACAGCCGAAAAAAAAGAAAUCAGUGUUGGCAUUGCAAAUAGUAAGCGCAUAGCAAGCGCGUAGUAGUGGCUUGCAGCAAUAAGUGUCAGCGCGUUGGCCAACGCGAGGUCGGGAGUCGUGCGCGCUUAAAAUUCCAAGCGCCAACACACACUCAAAUCUCUAUCAAAUAUAUAUGUGCAGCGCGUCCGGAAGCCGCGAAAACUAAACUAAUUUUCAGCUUACGCAAACGCUACCAACGGCGCGCGCGUCAACACAUUUUUCUUACUCAAUGUUUCCGGUUGCCGCUGCGACCACAACACAGCAGCAGCACUAACGCCAGUAGCGGCUUAAGGCGGCGAGUAAGAGUUGCAGUUAAAAUUGCUGUUGGAAAGUGGCGCCCAUCGCGUCAAUUGUGUAGGUGGCGGACCGCAUAAGGCGCACUGUUUUUUUUCUUAGGUAAGGAACUUAAAUUAAACGCAACACGUUAGCAAUAUUUCCACGCCAACGACACUUGAAGUGCAAAGGACACUCGUCACAACAGCUCCGCACUAUUUACAAAUACCAACUUGAACUUUAGUUGGAGUGUGCAAUUUUUGAAUUGAAAUAAGUAGCAGCAACUACUACUGACUAAGCAGAAACCCCAAAGCGUCACCGCGCCGCAUACUUCUGCAAUAUUUACCACCCGCGCGCACACACACACCCUCUAAUGCAACUUAUGCAUGUUGUUGCCUUCGUUUUGGUCAUAAUGUCGUAAUAACUGUCACCACUGUUUGCUCAAAUGCGAACGAGCCAGUGCAAACAGCAGCUAGCCGUGGCUGCCGCAUAAGCGCCAUCAUUUAAGAACGUAAUGUAGCGCAUGAAACGCAAACGCAAACGCACCGUACGCAAGCGACUACAUAAAGUAGUCAGCAGUCAAGUCAAGCCAAGCCAAGCCAAGGCAAGUGAGGCGGCUGCCAAAAGGAAAGUCAUCGUUAGUGGGUGCCAUUGCACUUUUUUCAUAUUUAAUUUAACGGAAAUUGUGUUGAAUUAGUGUGCACUAUAUAAAGGAGGAAACUAGCUGGCGAAUAAGUGGAAAUAGUAGAGAAUGAGAAAAAAUAGUAAAAAUAAAAAUAAAUAGUGGCAUAAAAUAUACAAGUACUUACGAGUAAAAUAAAAUAGUUUACUUUAGUGUUAGUUCAAUGUGCCGUACCACACACCCCCCAUGAACACACAUUGCGCUCUUAAGGUGUGUGUGUGUGUGCAUAUAUGUGAAGUCCCGCUGUGUGUAAAUAAUAGUUAUAUACAUACAUAAAUACAUAUAUAUAAGUGUAAAGUGUCUAACGCGUAAUUCCGUUCAUACAUACAUACCGACACACUUGUAGCCGCAUAGUUACAAAUCGCGCGUGUGUUUGUUCGCGUUAGUGUGAAAUACUUGAAAGUUAUAACCAAGUCGUGCAGACUCAUUGAAGUGCUGAAGUGCAAAUAUAUCUCUAUAUAUAUAUACUGUGUAUCUAGCUGUCGACCUACCAGCCGCGCCGCUGUUAGUCGGUCAGCAGUCAGUAAGGCAGUUAGCCAGCGGAUGCGUUUCAUAAUGAAAAUCUAAUUUAUGCGCACCGGAUUGAAGUGGUCAUCCAUCUCUCUGCAGCAGGCGAUUUUUGCCAACGUUUAUUUAUCAUCGACUUUUUUAUUAUUGUUGUUGCCUGCAUCUUUUACGCCGCGACGCGACGCGCAACGUUGAAUGUGGAUUUGCAGCCAUCAACAUUAAUUUGUGCAUAAUUUCAUACGCAUUUCUGCGCUAAUUACCACGACAAGCGAAACGCCGCCAUUCGAACGAACGCACCAAUAGUGAGCAGCAAGCAGCAGGCGCUGUAAGCAGCAAACGAGCAAAGGACAACGCCAGAGUCAGAGCCAAUAACCACCCAACAUAAUAAAGAUAUUUCAUUCCGUUUGCGCUUUGCUCCUUUGUUUGGACGAAAUUUCGCGCACGCAAAGAGGAACGGAAGGAAGCAAGUAUUGAAGGUAGCGAGUGAAGAAAAGGACUUGAGGCGCCAUAAUCGUACAAUUUGAGUACUUAGAAGUCAACACAAACUGCCAUAUCAUUAGCCAGUGAAAGAGGAACAGUUAACUUCAUUGCCACAUUUUUGUCAUAUAUCAACAUGUGCCAUGGAGAAUUGCUUAGGCGGCAGCAAACGUACCAUCCGAGCACAAAGGGACUUACAACAAUUGAAGCAGCAAUGCCAGCAAUUGCCACCGAAUCAGAAUUUCUAUACGCAACAACAGCCACAGGUACAUCGGCAAGCGCAGACGAUCAAACAGCAGCAACAACAACUACAACAACAGCUCCUGCAACAACAGCAGCAACAUCAACAAUUGCAACAACAGCAAAGGCUUUUGCAGCAAGAAGAAGAGCAAUUGCAAAAAACUGCAGCACUACUACACCAACAACAAUUACAGCAGCAACAGCAACAACUUAUACAUCCGUUUCAACAAUUGACACUACAACACCAACAACAACAACAUCAUCAUCAGCAACAGCAGCAACAACUGCAACAACUGCAACAACAGCGCGAUAUCGCCUAUCAAUUGGCCGCCGUGGACGCGGAGCACAAUCGGCAAGCGGCCGUGUCGACAACACCUAAAUUGGUCGCCAAUUGUUUGCAUUUUCCACCGCCGCCAGAUUAUCCACCGCCACCACCGAAAACGCCAACGGCCACCACCGGCGCCACAGUGACCACAGCAGCAGCCACUAAAACAAUGUCCACGGCCAGUGCGAAGUCCGGAGUGCCACCGACUGUGACAACAGCAGCAACAACACCGUUAGCAAACAAAGCGAACGUGAACGCCAUCGGACAUCACCAUCAACACCAUCAGCAUUAUCAUCAACAGCAGCAGCAGCAGCAACUAUUGCAGCAACUGCCGCCACAUCACUAUCCACAACAACACACCGACAAUGUACUGACACACUUGGAACCACUGGCGCCACCUGCUGUGUCCGCAGCCACACAUACCACCGCUACGCUUGCGGUGAACGCCACUUUGACCCCGUCGUCGUCGUCGUCAGCGAACAAUAUUACCGCCAACCACCACUCGUCCGCGUCCAGCUCACCGUCAUCCUCAUCAGCGACAAGUGGCACUACCAUAGGUGUCAGCCCUUAUGGGCGACGGCAAGUAUUGCCACGCUACCCCGAUCCCGAUCCAGACGCCAUUGAAGUGUGCGACGAGCAGGAGCCCAUAAACAUUUCGCGAGUGUCCACACGUCACAAUAGCAAAACACUCGGUCGCGCAAAUGAAUUGUUCAACGCGGACGCGAAAUGGUCUGCGGUGCAGCAGACCACAAGUUUACAGCUGUUGCAUCAACAUGCGCACGCCACACAUCCGCACGCACAGCAUGAUUACUCGUAUGCGUAUUAUGAGCCGGGCGCCGCGAUGCGUCACUCGAACAUACCACCACCUGAAAUGGUGCCGGGCAGCGCACACACGAUACACCACGCACCACCGCCGCCCAACUCGAUACGCGCACUGCUCUCCAAGGGUAAGAAGAACAAAUUGUUGGCAUCGCCGGCAGCACGUCAUGCCUAUCAGGCGCAUUACGGUCUAGAUGGCGCCACAGCAUGUGAUAGCGCUACAUUGCGCAGUUUGGCCGGUGCGACCAGUGAGAAUUUCUACGAAGAGAUAUCCUCCAAUGAAGCGGCGCUGCAAUAUCACCACAACAGCCACCAUCAUCAUCUGCGGCCAACGGGCACUUCACAUUCGGCUGGUUCGCUAAAUCAAUCGUUGGUCGAAGAGGAAUUGCGGCGCGUACAGAAUCGUCAUCAUAAAAUACUGGGCGAAUUGAAUUUGUCCGUGGAGGCCAUGCUGAUGCCCGAAAGUCCGCCCAACAGCAGUCCGACCAGCUGUGAAGCACCCACCGUUAGCGUUACCACCGCUUCCGGACAGCCGAAUAUCGGCGCUGUGGCUGCCGGUGGCGCCGGCAGCUUACGACUCUCUUCAACGUCGGCCGAUAAUAUCUGUGAUGCAAAUCUCUCCGAACUGUUGAGUACAGUGGGACCCACCGAUGAGCUACUCUCGCCGGUGCAGUCCUCAACGAAUGCCGCCUUCUGUGCCGCCGACUUAGAUAGCGGUUUUAGCGGCAGCAGCGGUGCCAGCUACAUUGGCAGCCUGCGCAUACACAAAACGAACGCCGCAUUGUCGCAUAUAAUGAGCACGCGUCAAACGCAAGCCAAUAGCACUGCGCCAUUGCCGACAUCCUGCAAUUUCUCUUAUGGCACACAAAGUUGUCGCUCCUUUCAACGUUCUUCGUCCACGAAGCAACCGCAUCAUCACUUGACGCUGGACGAUGAUUUAAAUUCGGGCUUUUUAACACGCGCCUCGUGCGGUCGACGCAUACUCAAUUGCGCCAAAAUACGUGCAGCCGAAGAUCCGGGACCGGUGGUGCCGACUGAGUCGAAAGCGCGUAGCUUCUGGAAUCGCAAAGGUUGGCGCAAAUUGCCCGGCUUCUCGACAUCCACAUCCAGCAUUAACGAUACUGGCAUAACAGGUGAGCCAAUUUCCAUGAAAAAUGUGAAAGGAGACAACACAACAACAGACACGAAGACAAGAACGAAAACGAAAACGAAAAAUACGAGUACAAAGGCGAUUCCAUUAAUCUGCUUAAAACGCUGACCUUAAUUGGUGAAGUGUCAUUUGUCAGUGCAACAUUGUUGCCGAUGUGAUGAUGGUGUUGGUGUUGGUGGUGCCUCUUGAUUGUGUGCUGUGCUGUGCUGUGCUAGAGUGUGUUGUGGCAUGGAAUGAGAUGGCAUGGACGAAUGGAAUGGCCGUAUGGACUCGAGAGAGAUGUGGUGAAGUGCCGUUGAAUGGAAUAAGUGCCAUGGGUGUCAAAGAGUGGCUUGGAUUGGCUGGCUGGCGGUGGCGUGUGUUCAUGUACAUAUGUGUUUGUUGUUAAGCGUAUUCAUAUUGCUGUUGUUGUUGUUGUUGGUUUUGUUGUAGUGCUCUGCAUUACAUUAGCACAUCCGAUGCCGACAUAGCGACAAGGUGAAACAAUUGAUGGCUCUGCCAUCAAAGAUUUGUCUCGAUUCUAUAAAUCAUAUGCGCGCGACACCCUGCGCCCCGGCGUCGCUUGGCGGUUCGCUCGCGCAGUGUUGAGUGGCGCUGCGCUGCAUGGUGACCAACCAGUCAUCCAGCUAACGAACCAGCCAAGUCAGGCAGCCGACAACACUUAAUAUCCGCUCAACUUCGACCAGCAGUCCAGAGCAGCGACUUGCGGGCUUAGCGACCACACGACUUAACAUAUCGGCAUACUUACAGGCAUACUUACAGCCAUGCCACAUGCAUAUGCAUCAUAGUCACCACACAUAUAUACUCUUUUAUGUGUGUGGGUUUGUAAAUGGCAUGUAUAAUGGUCUGAUCAUUCUGUUGAACGGUUUGUCGCUGUUUGCUCUACUGUCUGACUUGUGGUGGUAAUUUAUAAGGCUUAAGGGAUAUCCAGCGCUACUUUUCACUGUCCUGUACAAGCCGGCAAACAUCCAAACACACACACACAUACAUAUAUGCAACGGUACAAGCGUUGUACGAGUUCAUUUAGCCAUGUACAUAUGUUAUUGUCUCCAUUGUAUCACACAAUCAAACGCUGCGAUCUUCCUCACUUCGCUAAUCACACAAAUGUGUUUUUGAUUUAUCACAUUGGGCUUUUCGAUUCGAAAGCGCGCACGGUGGCGAGGCGGCAAGGAGACGCGGCGGUGCACACAGCAGUGAGGCCUUUAUUAUUUGCGUUUAACUUUGUACGUACACAUACAUACAUAAAUACACACACACACACACUUAGUUAUAGAUAUAUAGUUAUAUAUAGAGGUUAUAUACAUAUAUAUAUACACGUGCAUUUGCCAGUUAAUGAUUACAAAGACUGCACUAAAGAUUUGAAUUGAAAACAUUGCGCAAAACACUGAUAUACGAGCUAAUGCUAGAAGUGAAAAAUGAGGAAUAUUUUAAAUUUGACUUUUGCAAAUGGAAUUUAAAUAUUGUAUUGUAUCUAAUUGUAGCACUGUAUAUACGAGAUUUUACUAACACCUAAACUAAGCAUUGAACUAAAUGCAUGAAUUCAUUGAAUAUACACAAAAUGCAUUGCAGUUGAUACUAAAAUUAGUAAUACUUAAGUAUCGAUGUAAGCGAAAACGCAGUUAAAUAAAUUAUAAAAAUCAAAAUUAA